CUAAAUGAUUUGCAGACUAGAACAUGGACGCCUCGCCCUAAGAAGAAAAGGAAAUUGAUCCAACUGCAACUGAAGAUAGUAGUGUAACACUGCUUUUCGGCAUAAUGGUGAUCAUUGAACGGCAUGGCAUGGGGGACCUUUUUGACUUGAUUGCAACGUCAAACCAACUUGCCAACCCAAGUUCGUCAACGAAUCUAAUAAUACCUGCCCCAGCUGAGACAGAUUUUUUACGGCGCAUGUCCGAGUUAAGCAGGUUGGGAGCAAGCAGUGCUACGGAGGGGGGUGCAUAUCUCCGUACGGAACAUUUUGGCGGCAGGCCUGUUCCUAGAUGCAUCUCAGCGUUCCGUCAUAUGUUCGUUGCUGCUCAUCAUUAUUGUGUCUUGUGUGCUUGGGGUGCCGAGAAUGAAGAAUGACGAAAUGGCAUGUGAUGCUCGCUUUGGCGAAUAAGUGGGUAGAGCGAAGAGAGAAGCUGUUUG